AUGGAAAAGCAAGUCAUGGGCGAAUUUGUACGUGUUCUGAAACUUACCAGGACUGUGAGCGUUCCGCUUCAGUUGCUGCAAACAGCUAAAUGGUUGUCUUCAAAACCAUUGGUUAGCGGGUCUGAUGUUCUUGACAUUAGAAUUGUAAAGGAGACCAUAUUUGAGUGGGGUUUCCUAGCUGUUUGCUCUCGAGUGGAUGAGGUUGUUUCAUUUCCGCUGUAUGUUGAGGCCAUACGCUUUGCUUUUCAUGAAGAGAGCAUGGUUCGCACUGCAGUACGUGCUGUGACCCUUAAUGUCUAUCAUGUUGGAGAUGACUCUGUCAAUAGAUAUAUAACCAGCAUUCCUCACAAAGAUUACUUCUCAAACCUGAUUUCAUUUUUUAGGAAGCAGAGCAUGGAUUUAAAUAAACGGCUUUCUGUUACACAGCUAAAUCCGGGCCCAGAUGCAAUCUCUGCAAUUAUUGCUGCAGUAGAUGAAAUUGAGGAUAAUCUGUACUACUUCAGUGAUGUUGUGUCUUCUGGAAUUCCUGAUGUUGGGAGGCUAAUUACAGAUGGCAUUAUGAUGAUUUUGAUAUUUCCAUUACUUCUUCCUUCCCUGAGGGUCUUGCCUAAUAAUGACAUGCAAGAUGGUGUUGUCCCUUCUUUGUACUUACUUUGUUGCAUCCUGAGGAUUGUCAAAAUCAAAGAUUUGGCAAAUACCAUAGCUGCUGCUCUUUUUUAUCCCUUAGAGGCCUUUACAAAGAGUUCUUGGGGUAAAUUUGAUUGCUUUAUAUCUGAUCAUGGUUUUGAUUCAGAUGCUGUUCUAGUGCAAAAUGAUUGUACCAGUUCAAAUUUGUCAUUAAGGGAGGUUUUGCUUGCAUAUAUAACAAAAGGAAAUGAUAUCUUGGUUUUGGGUUCUUUGAGUGUUCUUGCUAUUCUGCUGCAAACUAAAGAACUUGACGAAUCAAUGCUCUAUUGGCUUGGAAUUCUUCCACAACGGAAACAACAUAAGAAACUGUUAUUGCAAGCUUUAGUUGGUGAGGGUUCAGGUGAAGAACAACUUUUUUCAUCCAAAAGUAGCUUGACUAGGGAUGGCAUUGGUACUGAUGUCAAUGUAUAUCAUAACAAGAUCAAGGAGCAGUAUGGAGUAUCUUUUCUGCCUUCUAAUGUGGUAAUAAGUCCUCAUGUACAUAGAUUUCAGGUCAUUGAUGCAUUAGUAAACCUCUGUUGUCGUCCUAAUAUAUCUGCAGAGAUACUGUGGGAUGGUGGUUGGCUUUUGCGCCAGUUGCUUCCUUACAGUGUGUCAGAAUUCAACAGCAAUCACCUUGAAUUACUGAAAGUAUCGUACAAUAAUUAUGCUUCAGCUCUUGUAGAGGAGGUUAGAGGUAUUUGGUCCGACUUCCUUAUUUCUGUUCUCUGUGAUGAAUGGAGAAAGUGCAAGAGAGCAAUGGAGUCUUCAUCUCCUCGGAAAGAACCAAGUUGCGUACUUUUGCUACUGUGGAAGAUUGCUUCAGACGGUUAUAUUACAGAGGGGUCAUCCUUUGCUGCUGGAAAAAGAAUGCAUGAGUUGGUGAAGGUAUUUGUACUACUGCACCAGCUUCAAAUAUUCACUCUUGGCAGAGCUUUAUCUGAGCAAGCACUGAUUUACCCUCCUGGUGAUCUCCCUGCAAAUUGCCGUGCCCGAGGUUCUGGGCUUGGUGUGUCAGGCCCAAAGGCAGGAACUGAAGUCAGCCUUGGCAAUGCCCUACCUUGUAGGAUUGCUUUCGAGAGGGGAAAAGAGCUCCAUGUUUACUUUCUAGCAAUCUCUUUAGGAAUAUCUGGGUGGCUCGUUCUUGCGGAAGAAUUGCCACUGAAGAAGUCUCAUGGAGUGGUUCGGUCUGUUGCUCCUUUGGCUGGGUGCAAUCCCAGGAUUGAUGAUAAUCAUGCAACGUGGUUACACUUGCGGAUUCGGGGAUCCUCUUUACCCUUUCUAGAUCCUGUCCAAUUCAAAGACUAUGGGAAAAAGAAAGCAAAAGUUUCGGUAGAUGGCAGAUGGACAUUGGCGUUCAGAGAUGAAGAGACUUGCAAGUCUGCUUUUCUCAUGAUUGUUGAAGAAAUCAAUUUUCUAAGUAAUGAGGUUCAUAGAAGACUAAAACCAUUGCUCAACCUUGAAACUGAGAUAGAUUUAUCAGGUUCGUCUGUGUGUGUUCUGGAGGAUACCUCUCCGUAUAGAACACGCCCCAAUUAA